UUAUUUCAAUUUCAGAAUAUCUACAUACGUAAAUGUAGAGCUAUCUUUCCGUUUUCACGACAUUAAUUUAUUCUGGAUUCACUACAUUUGACAGAUAGAAGAAGCGGCAUCAGGAUUAACAUAAGAAAAUCACUGCAUUAAUUAUAAAGUAAUGAUGCAAUUUAAUCUCUUGAAUGUUAUAAUGUUACUCUAUACAACUUUCAUUACUCUUAACUUUCCACAAAGUCCGAUAACUCCAAAAGAAGUAGAAGUGAAGGAGAAUAUUGAAUAUUUGUUAAAAGAAAUAGAAAAUGAAGAGGAAUUUGAAAUAGAAGAGGAAGAAACUUUAGAUUUUUACAAUACAUAUGAAGUUCCAGAAGCGGAAAAUAUUGAUUUAUUAGAGGAAAAUGAAAGAAAAGAAUAUCUCCCGGAAGAAGUUAUUUGUAGCUCCGUUGAAGCAGGAAUAUUAAAUGAUUAUAAAAGACAAGCUGUGGAAUACUGGAAGAGCGGCAAAACAGGACUAAGAUCGCUUGAAGGAGUUAAAAGAAGAUACAGAAAAGUAACAUCGAUGCGACAAUUACGACGAUGGGAGGACUAAAUCAGUGCAGGUGGCAGAAGAGAUGAAAAAUUAAAAAGAAUUUCUGAAUAUACAAUAAACCGUUUUAAUGAAGCGCUUGAAAAUAGAAUAAUUAUUCAUGACAUUGACAUUGCUCGAUGGGCUUCUCGAGCACAAGAAGAGGAAAAUGUGGUAGGAUUCAAAAUUUCUAAAACGUGGGUAAAAAGAUUCAAAACUUCAUAUGAUAUCGUCUCUCGAAAAAUAACA